AUGGUCUACGCAGGCCCCUCCAACGGCUGCCUCACGUGCAAAAAGCGGCGUGUGAAAUGCGACGAAACCCGACCUGUAUGCAGAAACUGCACGCGACGACGAGUGCCGUGCCCCGGAUUCCCUGAUCCGCCUGGCACGAAGUUCCGCGAUGAGACCGAUGCAGUCAUUCGACAUGCGCAAAGAGGCGAAAGGAAGACGAGACCGGAACGAGAUGACGACUAUGCAGCAGCCGAGUCUUUUGGAACGAAUUUAGGGCAGGAUGAGAGUUUUGUUUCGCUGUGUUUCUUCUUCCAUAACUAUGUCAUUACCGGCCGGGGCAUUCAGUCUUCUCGCGGCGUCUUUGAGAACCUGUUGCCGUAUUAUAACCCGAAUAAGGCGGACUCGUUGGUUUCGCUGGCGGUGGCGGCGGUGGCGGCGUCAAUGUUGUCCAUAUGGCGACUACAAGGUCCUGACUCGGCGGCAUCACGACAAUAUGUCGGGCGAGCAAUCACUUUGCUGCGCGACACAUUGACGGACCCCGACGGUUGUGUGUCUGAUGAGACUUUGAUUGCCAUACUCCUUCUGCAAUAUCGCGAAGGAAUCAUCGCACAUUCAAAAAUGGUGCAGGUUGACGGCAGUCAUCAGAACGGGGCAUAUGCCGUGGUCAAACAUCGACAGAGCAAAGGGUUCCGCAACGAUGCAUCGAAACGACUGCUGCAGGCUGUGCGAAGUACCAUGGUCUCCGAGGCAAUUCGUCAUCGACAACCCGUCAACAUGGAACCAGCUGUAUGGGAUGAUGAGGAGCCGAUGCCGCAUAAUCCAAGCAGUGAUCUGGAUCGAAUAGGGGUAGAUGUCGCUAAUUUACAGGCUUUGUUCGAGCGGUAUAAGAAGGCGGUGCAGACUGAAUCCGUUCUCGAAGCGAUAGAUGUUAGGACGCUGGCCGCAUUCAAAAGAACAGCCAAUGACGUCGACGAGCGUCUGGAGAUUUGGGCCACAGCACAGUCGCGCCAGUGGAGUCCUAUUCCGUUGUUGCCACAUGAGAUCCCGGAGUCUAUUAAGAGGGCAGGCGUCUAUCGGAAUCUCUGCGAUGUCUAUCCCACGGUCCAGAUUGCGAGUGUUUGGCACACUUAUAAGAGUUAUCGUUUGAUUUUGUUGAAAAUAAUCCUCUCCUGUGAGCAAACGGAACUGAGUCUUCAACCGGUGAAGCAGGGACGCGACUCGGAUCAUUCUAACACAAGGGCGCCAUCAACGGCUGAAACAUUCCAGGAAUUGGUCGAUGAGAUGUGUGCAGCUGUUCCGUUCCAUUUGGGUAGUCGUACAGAGCCUGGAUUUAUUGGCGAAUUUUCCAGGACCGACAAUGUUGAUUUUCCAUGGCCGCCACCGGAGAAAGAUCCAUUUUCAAACUCAUACAAAUCAGGCAAUCUUGGAGGAGACGGCAAUUUGAGUCCGAUGACUAGCGAUGAACGAAAGAGACAUGCUAUAGGCAUGGGAGGCUGGCAUAUCCUGGGCCCCCUGAGCUUUGUCCUAGGCAUGGCUAGCGAAUCUCUUGAGCUGGGACCACUGCGAGAGAAUGCUCGCAAAGUAGGGUGCCUGCUUCGUCAGGACCAAAUUCCUUGGCUUGCCGGGCAGUUACGGCGAGCUCUUAUGCUUCAUCGUAUGAAGAGAGAAGGCCCUGAAAACCCUGGGAAUAUGGAGAGGGGAAAAUAUCCACCGGAAAAGGAUGCAUCUCUAGCGAGAGACGUGACGGGGGUGAAAAAAGCCUUGAGAUAUGCCAUCGGUGUGUAG